AUGUUGUCCAACGCACUCCCGCUCCUCGCGAUCCUCCCCCUCGCCGCCGCCCACUUCGACAUCGAGUGGCCCACGCCGCGCGACUCCAACCAUGCUCAAGCCGUCAAUUUCCCCUGCGGAGGCGCCAACAGCGUCAAGACUCCCCGUACCGACUGGCCCAUGAGCGGAGCACCCGUCCAGCUCAAGAUGGAGCACGCGCAGACCAACGUCAAGGUCCUCCUCGCCAUUGGUGAGGACCCGGGAGAGAACUUUAACGUCACGCUGCGUCCCACCUUCUCUAUUGAGGGCCUGGGCGACUUUUGUGUUGGCGCAUUGAGUCUCCCUAGCGGUAUCAAUGUUUCCGAUGGUACGCCUGCUACCAUCCAGGUCGUCACGAACGGUGAUCCCACGGGCGGUCUCUACCAGUGCGCCGACAUCACGCUGAGAACAACGGUAUCCGAGGAUCUCAGCGGCAAUUGCAAGAACAACACGGGCUUCAAGGUCACCGCCGAGAACGUCCAAGGAAACCCCAACGAGACCACCACCGACCACAGCGGACACACGACAUCUGCAAGUGGAACCGGAGCACCUGCGGCCACUCAAUCUCCCGGUCUCGCAGCUCACCCAACUGCCAUUUCAGGCAAGGGUACGCCCCGAAGGAAGGUCAAGAAGGUCCACAAGAGCGCCGGUACCGACGACAAGAAGCUCCAGGCACAGUUGAAGAAGAUCAACGUGCAGCCCAUCCAGGCCAUCGAGGAGGUCAACAUGUUCAAGAGCGACGGAAACGUCAUCCACUUCUCCGCACCAAAGGUGCACGCCUCCGUCCCCGCCAACACCUUCGCCAUCUACGGCAACGGUGAGGACAAGGAGCUCACCGAGCUCGUGCCCGGCAUCCUCAACCAGCUCGGCCCCGACUCCCUCGCCUCGCUCCGCAAGCUCGCCGAGAGCUACCAGAACAUGCAGAAGGAGAAGGGUGAGGACGGUGACAAGAAGGACGACGAGGAUGACGACGACAUCCCGGACCUCGUCGCCGGCGAGAACUUCGAGACCAAGCAGGACGUCGAGUAA